UUGUAUAUUUAGUAUAUCGGAACGGCAGUCAUAGCUUAGACUCGUUCGUGGAUAGAAGUUUUUCGUUUUUGCAGAAAACUUUUAAACGGUCAGUCGGAGCAUGUGUUGUAUUAAUGUCUAAAAAUAUAAAAGUGAACAUAAUAAAAUAUUCAAUAAAUUUCGACACAAAACAAAAGGAGAAAUUGAAAAAUUGAAAAAUUGAAAAACAAUUAGUCUCUGUGUGCAUGGUAAAAUACAUUCUGUCUAAAAAUUGAAUUAUACGAUAAUGUGGUGCUUCAAUUACAUAAAAUAAACAUUCCGCACAUAUUUACAAUGCGACCACUUCGGCAAUACAUAUUUUGAAAAAUGUGAACUUUCAACAAUGUUUUAAGUGAUAAAAAAAAUAUAUCCUCAACGAUAAAAGGAAAAAAUACACAAAAAUAAAAAACCAAAACAACAGAGCACCAACAUUUGUGAUAACGAACCGAAAUACGAAUCGGUAUCAAAUUCUUCUUGUAAAGCGCGCAAAUUCUGCGACACUUAAUAUGUUGGGACGAUUUCGGUUCGCACUUAUCGUAUUGCUGAUAUAUGUGGUGGAUUAUGCUCAUUCGCAUCGACGUAUUCGGGAGCCAAAUGGAAAUCGUGUCAAGAAAUCAGGCAAUGGAAAUGGUGGAAAUAAUGGCGAUGCUGGCAGUGUAUCCGAAACGCAAACAAAUCCGUUCUUACCGUUGCCGGGUUUGAGGGAACGUAAACCGAAUAUAAUAUUGAUUUUAACUGAUGACCAAGAUGUCGAGCUCGGUUCAUUAAAUUUUAUGCCACGAACAUUGCGUUUGCUGCGUGACGGUGGUGCGGAAUUUCGACAUGCAUACACCACAACACCGAUGUGCUGUCCAGCCCGUUCGUCAUUGCUAACUGGUGUCUAUGUGCAUAAUCAUAUGGUGUUCACCAAUAACGAUAAUUGUUCCAGCACAUCAUGGCAGGCGAAUCACGAAACCAGGUCGUUCGCAACGUACCUAUCCAAUGUAGGCUACCGAACGGGCUAUUUCGGCAAAUAUUUGAACAAGUAUAAUGGGUCAUGGAUUCCACCCGGCUGGCGUGAGUUUGGUGGACUUAUAAUGAAUUCGAAAUACUACAAUUACAGCAUCAACAUGAAUGGCCAAAAGAUUAAGCAUGGUUUUGAUUAUGCAAAGGACUACUACCCCGAUUUGAUAGCAAACGAUUCCAUUGCAUUUCUACGACAAUCGAAACAACAGAACCAAAGGAAACCAGUUCUAUUGACAAUGUCUUUCCCGGCACCACACGGUCCAGAAGAUUCGGCACCGCAAUACAGUCAUCUGUUUUUCAAUGUCACCACACACCAUACUCCAUCGUACGAUCAUGCCCCGAAUCCGGAUAAACAAUGGAUUCUCAGAGUAACGCCACAAAUGGAACCGGUUCAUCGUCGGUUUACUGAUCUUCUAAUGACGAAGCGACUCCAAACGCUGCAAAGUGUAGACGUAGCAGUGGAGCGUGUCUAUCAGGAAUUGAAAAAUUUGGGCGAACUGGACAACACGUACAUAAUUUACACGUCAGAUCAUGGAUAUCAUCUUGGACAAUUUGGAUUGAUUAAAGGCAAAAGUUUUCCCUUCGAAUUCGAUGUUCGAGUUCCAUUCUUGGUUCGUGGUCCGGGGAUCCAACCAGCAACUGUAGUGGACGAAAUUGUUCUAAACAUCGACCUGGCGCCAACGUUCCUCGAUAUGGCCGGAGUUGCAACACCAGCACAUAUGGAUGGUAAAAGUUUUCUGCCAUUGCUGGUGAACCGACAUCGCCAUAUAAAAGACACAUGGCCAGACACAUUUCUUAUUGAAAGUUCGGGUCGCCGGGAAACGCCAGAACAAAUUGCUAGAGCGUCUCUGUUGAAAUAUUCAGGUUCGCAAAACAACAACGAUACAACGAUCGAUAUGAAGAAAAGGGAAAACGAUACGAUCUUGAUGGUCGAUGUAGGAUCACCAGAAAUCGAUGAUCAGGAUGAUGAUGAUGGUACAGUGUCGAUGGAAGAAAAAGGAUUAGAAGACGAUUCUGACAUCGACGGUGACGAUGAUAUAUUCGGACUGUUGUCUCAGGAUUAUAUUGUAGAUAAACAUGGGGUUCCGAGUAUUGAAGAUUUGGAUGAAUCGAUUGUACCGAUCCUUGCGCACAAAGAUUCUCCUCAACACGAUCAGCUGGAUAAUAAUCUUCCUGCCCAACCGUACUUGUCGAAGGUUGCACGUUUAAAUUCCGAAUGUUCCGAUCCGACUAUGCAACAGAACUGCGUCAGUGGUCAGAAAUGGCGGUGCGUCAAUGAGUCCGGUCGGUGGCGGAAACAUAAAUGUAAAUUUCAUAUUCAACUUCAAACUCACUUGGCCGAGAUAAACAAAAUCUCUUCACCCAACAAAAGAAACUGUGCCUGUUUCACACCCAAUGGAAUUGUUUACAAGAAAAUCAAAACUGAAAAGCAAUACGGCAACAGUCACAUGCAAAGAACGAAUGAGAAUUUAAUUGUGGGACGACAGAAACGCAAUGCUAUCGAUAUCGACAACGAAUUGGAGGAUUUUCAAAUCGUUUACGGUGAGGAUAUGGUCAAUUUGUUGAAAUUAUCGGAACAAGUUGAUAAACUGGAGAAGGAGUUGAUGGCAGCUAAUGCUCAUCGAAGUAGAACGAAACGGGAAUCGGUGGACCAUAUUGGCAGUGUGAUCACGGAAAUUCAAGAUUCGUUAGAGGAGCUUGAGUCGUCAUUUAAAGGCCAAGGUAAAGUGGAAUCCCGUGGCGAAGAAAAUGGUAAAUUUGGCGCAAAAUGUUUCAUUGAAAAUAACGGGAAGGUGAAUUGUUCCGACAUAAUUUACGAAGACGAAAAAAGUUGGAAAUUGUCACGCGUCCAAAUCGAUUUGCUGAUCAAAGUGUUGAAGAACAAGAUCAGCGAUUUGAAGGACAUUAAAAAACACUUGAAGGAACACAAGCCCGCCCACAUGAAAGACUACGACGAAAUCCCUUCGAUCGAAGACGACGAAUAUACCAAAGACAAUCAUCCAACAUUUCGCAAGCACAAUCAUCACGACAAUCUCGAUCACAAUCAGCAGCUGGUUAACCGCACUACUGAACGCAAUGAACCCAAACGAUAUCAAUUGCCAGCGGCAGCCAAUAGACAUCGCAAUAUCGAUGAAGAGUUGGCACGAAUCAAUAUAACUUCGCCUCGAUUACACAGUUCGCAUCACCGACCGAAGGGAAAUCGUUCCCAUUGGAAUACGUUUCGACAACAUCAUCCGAAGAAGGUAAACCUUGAGGAUUUAUUUGCCGACGAUAAGUCAAAAGACAAAGUGACAACGCUCGCGCCGGCUAGCGUUACAGAAAGUGAUAUUUUAAGCAAAAUCAGUAGUAGUAGUAGCACCACAUCGAAAAUAGAUUUUGAAGACGAGACAACCAGAAAUUAUUUCAAUGAAAUGGAAUCAUCGACAAAAUUUGAGGAAGAUGUUCACAUCACUGAAGCACCUGGUCGACGUAAAACUACCAACGAAAUGAGAGGAUCGACCAAUAGUCCACGAAUUGAGAGAGUUAAAACCGAAGUCAUUACGGAAGAUCCAGAUGAUGCCGAUAGUGACUUUAAUCCGGAAGGGAAAUCGUCAUGUUUGUGUGCAGACGUUGAAGUUGCUACCGUGAAGCCAGAUUUGGCCCGUGAUGCUCGUCGGAAGCUGAAGGAAGAGCGUCAAAAGAAGAAGGAAAGAAAGCGUAAUCGAAAGGCCAAAUUGGAGAAGGAGUGUCUAGCAGAGAGGAUGAAUUGUUUCAGUCACGAUAAUAGUCAUUGGCGCACUCCACCACUUUGGAACGAUGAGCCGUUUUGCUUCUGCAUGAAUGCGAACAACAACACCUAUUCUUGUGUAAGAACUAUAAAUUCUACACACAACUUCCUUUACUGCGAAUUCACCACCGGAAUGAUAACUUACUACAACUUACGGAUAGAUCCAUUCGAGACACAAAACAGAGUGGCGUCAUUGACGCCGGAGGAGAAGUCAUAUCUACAUGACACGUUAGAGCAUUUAAAAGGCUGUCGCGGUAAAGGCUGCACACUUCCUAGACACAGUACAAUUCCCGUUCAGCAAGAUCAUGACAGCAUACAAAACCAAAGAAUCGGAACGAAGCGAAAAAUUGACAUGGCUUCGAAUCGUCAUUUAGCGGAAUUCGGUGAACCAAAGAGACGAAAAAUGUCAAAGUGGCACAAACGGAAACAACACCAACACAACGAGCAUUUGAUGCGUCGCAAUCGCUCGAAUCGUCGACCCGUAUGGAAGGAGCGUGAUUUAUAUAAUUAAUUUGUAGAAAUCGAAUCGAAUCGAUUACAUUCGUUCUGUAACAACAUUUUUUUCCCCCAAUUUGUUCUAAAUUGAUUUCAUUCCAACCAUUUCAAUUAUUGGAAUGGAAAUAAUUCAACCUCGACGAGAGGUCGAGCAUCCAUAAUGUCGUGUAGUUUAUGACAGUAAUAAUUAGGUAAAAUUUUUGUAAAAUUGAGUGAGUCAAGCAGUGAGUAUAGAAAAAUUAAAGUUGUUAAAUGCAUACGGGGAAAAAAUCAUUCAGUGUUAACUUUGGAACUUAGAUUUAAAUAAAAUUCAAAAUUAUGGACGUAUGGACCCUGUACUGUCAGUCUCUAAGAAAUAAGACGAAAGGAAAUCUCCUGAAAUUGUAUGUGCUCAAUACACGGCAAGACUGACUUUUAUGCCAGAAAAAAACACAAAUCAGGAGCUUACAAUAGUUAUUUGUUCAACGAGGGUAGAAAAGUAGGUAACGGAAUUUCGAUGAUGUUGUUUGUGACCAGAGCGUAGCGAGAGUCACAAGUCAACAGAGAAUCUUAUCGUUUUUCCUAUGUACACUCAACGUUUUUCACAACAAAGGCUUCCCAAUUUUCAGCGGAGGGGUGAAAAUGGCUGUGUUUGUGAAAAAAAAACUUUUUUUCGUUGUAUCACAUCACAUUACCACAUGAGAAAUGUUAGAAGUAAUUGAGCUUGGAUUCUAACUUGGGCCAUACAUUCCAAAUCGUUCAAACUGCACACUUCUUGCAGUUUAAGUUGUUAGUCGUUUGAGGCUUUUGCAACAACCCCUAAAGUAUAACGUGGAUUUUUCCUUGUUUAUUUGUCUGUUCCUAUUAGAGUAUGAAGAAAAUUGAUCGCUGAUUUAAAUAGGUAAAUUCUUUGUCUGAUUGUUGAUUCAAAUUUUUCCUCAAAAUCUUAUUUCAAUUUUGU